AGCUCGCGAGUUCGCCAUUAAAGCGCUGAGCGGAGCGUGGACAGGUGAUCUCCAGUGGGCCCGCAGAGCGACCGUCGCCAGGUUAUCUCCCCCCAGCGAGUCGCUGCGGAUCCAGCGCAGUAGCAGAAUGGCAGACGACCUGGACAUCGAGGCGAUGCUGGAGGCUCCGUACAGGAAGGAGGACGCCAAGAACCAGAGCCCAGAUGGACCGGAGGAGCACGGCAAAAGGAAGAAGCGCAGCCGCAGCCGGGACAAGAGAAGGAGCCGGAGUCGAGAGCGCAGAGGCAGUCGCAGCAGAGACAAACGGAGAAGUCGCAGCCGGGAGCGCCGCCGCAGCAGAGAGAGGGGCGGCCGCUACAAAGACCACUACAAGCACCGCCGGUGGUCCAAGAGUAAGAGUCCUGUCAGGAAGGAGAAGAGUCCCAUCAGGCUCCCCAUAGACAACCUGACCCCGGAGGAGCGGGACGCCCGGACCGUGUUCUGCAUGCAGCUGGCGGCCCGGAUCCGCCCGCGGGACCUGGAGGACUUCUUCUCCGCCGUGGGGAAGGUCCGGGACGUGAGGAUGAUCUCGGACAGGAACUCCCGCCGGUCCAAGGGCAUCGCCUACAUCGAGUUUGUGGAGGCCAGCUCCGUUCCCCUGGCCAUCGGGCUGACGGGGCAGAGGCUGCUGGGAGUCCCCAUCAUCGUCCAGGCCUCCCAGGCAGAGAAGAACCGGGCGGCGGCUGCGGCAGCAGCCAACAACCUGCAGAAGGGCAUGUCUGGACCCAUGAGGCUGUACGUGGGCUCACUGCACUUCAACAUCACAGAGGAGAUGCUGCGGGGAAUCUUCGAGCCGUUUGGACGGAUUGAAAACAUCCAGCUGAUGAUGGACAGCGAAACGGCACGCUCCAAAGGCUACGGCUUCAUCACCUUCUCAGAGGCGGAGUGCGCUAAGAAAGCCCUGGAGCAGCUGAACGGCUUUGAGCUGGCCGGGCGGCCCAUGAAGGUGGGGCACGUGACGGAGCGGACCGACCCCUCCAUGUCCUCGUCCUUCCUGGACAACGACGAGCUGGAGCGCUCCGGCAUCGACCUGGGCACCACCGGCCGCCUGCAGCUGAUGGCCCGGCUGGCCGAGGGUACCGGCAUGCAGAUCCCUCAGGCCACUCAACAGGCUCUGCAGAUGAGCGGAGCCAUCGCCAUCGGAGCCAUGGCUGCUGUGUCAGCUGCCAUGAAUCCAGCCAUGAACAUGAACUCUGGAGCUAUGAAUCUUCCCUCUCAGCCGCUGGCAACACACUGCUUCCAGCUGUCCAACAUGUUCAACCCCAGCAGUGAGGAUGCUCCUGGGUGGGAGAUGGACAUCCAGCAUGAUGUCAUUGAGGAGUGUAACAAACACGGCGGUGUCGUGCACAUCUACGUCGACAAGAACUCACCAGAGGGAAACGUCUACGUCAAGUGUCCCUCGAUCCCGGCUGCCAUGGCUGCCGUCAACGCCCUGCACGGGCGCUUCUUUGGCGGUAAAAUGAUCACGGCGGCCUACGUCCCUCUCCCCACCUACCACAAGCUCUUCCCGGAGUCUGCCACGGCCACGGAGCUGCUGCCCCCGCCCGCCCGACGGUGACUCCUCCACACCCACCCCUGAUUGGACACUGGAUGUUAGAGCCCGCCCCCUUUUGUACGGCCCCUGCGGAUCUCAACACUGUCAGAAGAAGGUUAUUGUUUUCAGCUGGACACUCUCUUCUUAUUGGCUGGAUUGUGGUCAUGUGACCAAACAGUCUUUACUUCCUGUUUCUCUUUGAUUCUCAUGAGUUUUUUUUUCCUUUGGCCCAACCUCUUUGAUUACUGUCCAGUCAUUAGCUCUGUGAGCUGCGAGGGGGUGGGGCCAUGAGACGGUGUCAGCUGAUUGGAGGUUUGAAGUUGUUUAGUAUUUAAAAUUUUCUAAAUAUUUGAUUUUGUAAAAUUGUUGAUUAAAUUUUAUUUUCAUGUCAA